UUAACUACUUUCUGCAAGUGAACCCCUAACCAUAAAAACAAACAAUAUGCAAAAGAUGUCAUCCUUGAAGCUCAUGGCAAAGCUCUCUGCAGCCCUCCCAACCAAAACAAUAACUGACAGAGGCGCUCUUACCACCCUAAGCACUAGAGUUUUUGUCACUGCUGCCACAAGACCUUUGCAAUCCAAGAAGGAGGACGACGAGGCAGAUGCAUGUGAAAAGACGAAAGAAGCAGCAGAUGCAGUCAAAGAUGGAGCCAAAGAAGUGAGACAUACCUGUGAAUUCAUGAGAGACACUAUCGAAAAGACUACCAAAACAAUGACCAAAAUGGCCAAAGAUACGACAGCGAAGGUAUCUGAAACAGCAGAUAACAUCACAGACAAAACAAAGGGCACGGUCUCAGGCGCAUGGGGAGUGGCCAAGAACACUACUGAGAUUAUCAAGGACAAAGUAGUGGGCAAGUGAAAAACAGAGCAUGAAGACCAUCAACAACUAAUAAGUUAAUUUAAUCCACAUUUUCUUCAUGUAUGUAUGUUCCAUCAUUUGAUGUGAGUUUCUUUAUAUACUAGCAUUCUGAAAUUACAAACCUGACUUAUUUCGAAGAAAUUAAUUUUAUUUUUCUUGUUUUA